AACAGCAUAAUAUCAAAAAUAAUUUUUUCAAUGUUGGCGUCCUACGAAGAUGGCUAUUUCUAGCAUUGUUUACGGUUUUGUUUUGAAUCAUGUUCGGACAUUUGGAUAGUGUAAAUGAUCAUAAAGAACUUUGAUCAGAGAUUUGAUAUGACUUGCCAAAGAUAAAUUGUAUUUCCUGGUCUGUUUAUAGAUGUUAUGGAAAGCAUAACCGGAAAACAAAAACAGGGUUUGGCUUCAAAACCCACAAAAGUUAAGCAAAAAUAUAUAGCGAGGGAUUAUAAAGGAAUGUCCAAAGAUGAUCUACGACAAGAGUUACGUAAACGUGGUAUCAAGAUAAGUGGCAAGAAAGCCGAUUUGGUAAAGCGUCUGGAGAAAUUUGACAAGACAAAAAUGUCAGAAGGUACUGAUUUGCGUAUAAAGUCUAGAAAAUCAUAUGAAAAUCUUGCAACAAAUGGUGGUAUAGAUACUGCAUUUUCACUGCAAUAUGAUACAAGUUCUUUAUCUAGUCAAACCAAACAGUGGAUUGCAAACCGUGAGGAUAGGCAAAAUUUAGUGCUAUGGAAAAGGCCCUUCACAACACUUCAGUAUUUUGUAAAAGAACUAUUUAUAAAUUUUUAUGAAUAUGGAACUAAACUACUUCAGCAUCAAAAGUUUGUUUUAACAAGCUUACUAGUCAGUGCCAUUAGCAUCACAUUAUAUCAUUUAGAAGGUCCUCAUCAAAAAUAUGUGGUCCAACUAGAGAAGGAGUUUUUAAGAUGUGCCUAUUGGAUAGGUCUUGGUGUUUUAUCAUCAGUUGGGCUUGGAACAGGCCUCCAUACAUUUGUACUUUAUUUAGGUCCACAUAUAGCUCGUGUAACAUUAGCUGCAUAUGAAUGUAAUAGUCUUGAUUUUCCUCAGCCUCCGUAUCCUGAUGAAAUAAUAUGUCCAGAAGGUGACAAUAGCAAUACUGUUAUUACAAUAUUAAAAAUUAUGAGUAAAGUUAGACUUGAAGCAUUUAUGUGGGGAAUGGGCACAGCCUUAGGAGAGUUACCACCCUAUUUCAUGGCAAAAGCAGCACGAUUGUCUGGACAAGAACACGAUGAUGAAGAAUUAAAAGAAUUUGAAGAAUUGCUUCAAGUUAAGAAAAACAAACCAGAAGAACAAUCAUUUUGUGAUCGAGCUAAAUUAACAAUUGAAAAGCUUGUAGAAAGAGUUGGCUUCUUUGGAAUUUUGGCUUGUGCAUCCAUUCCAAAUCCAUUAUUUGAUUUAGCAGGAAUAACAUGUGGACAUUUUCUUGUUCCGUUCUGGACAUUUUUUGGAGCUACAUUAAUAGGAAAAGCAGUAAUUAAAAUGCAUAUUCAAAAGCUUUUUGUCAUUGUUGCUUUCAAUGAGCAUCUAGUUCAUGAGCUUGUUAAGAAGAUGAAAUAUAUCCCAUACAUUGGUAAAUAUUUACAUGCUCCUCUUGAAGAAUUCUUGGCUAAGCAAAAGGCUAAUCUGCAUCGAAAACCUGGAACCCCAGGUGUAUCUGAAGGAACUUGGAUAGCUUGGAUCUUUGAAAAAUUUGUUAUCCUAAUGAUCCUUUAUUAUGUGUUGUCCAUUGUGAACUCUAUGGCUCAAAGUCACCAUAAAAGAUUAGAAAAGCGGUUGCGUCGUGUGACUACAAAAGUGGCAACUGAUUAAAACUGCCGUACUUAUGUAUUUUCCAUUAAGCAAUGGUACAGAGAUGUGCCAUUUCAGUACUGACCAAUUGUGGACAAUGUGUUCUGCAUAGAUUUUGUAAUACCUAUGUAUACAUUUUCCCUGAGUUGUAAUUUUUAUAAUUUUGGCAAUCACUUGAGGUCGACAUUUUCAAGUAGAUGAGAUUCCAUGCAGAGAAUAUUCAUCAUAUAUUACUUAAGUAGGAAAAAUGUACAUUAUGUAUGUCAUACUAGAUCAUGUGGAAUGCCGGGUUUAUAUUGAGUAUUUGUAAAUAUAUAUAUAUAUACACACAUUACUUACCUUUGUUAACUUGAAUGGAAUAAUGAGAUCAUGUGAUAAAUGUGUUGAAUCAUACUUGUGAAUUUAUGGUUAUAUUUCGUUAUGUAGGUUAUUUUAAUUGAAUUUUUUCACUUUAUUUUUGUAAUUGAAGUAUGUAGUUGAACUACAUUUGUUCACAAUGGGAAAUAUAUGUAAGGUUUUUGUGCUUCUCAAAGAUAAACAUUUUUAUACAUGAAAGGAUAUAUCAUCCAUCAACUGUUAUCAAAAAGCAAGCACAUCAAAAUUUUCUCUCCUAGAGGGGAAUAUAAACUUUAAUGCCAGUAGAGUUUUCAAAACAUUUUUGUACAGCAUUAACACACUUAAAUUUUCUGCACUCAUCAUCAGUGAAAGUACAAUUUUGGAUUUCUCAGUUAAUGCUUCACUUUUCAAUCCAUGUAAAAUUGUCCACAAUUUUUUUGUAAUGUUAACAUAUGAUGCAGGUUGUCAGUAUUUUUGUGUAGAAGAAUUAUACUGCUUACAUUGAAAAAAGAAAUUUGUUUUAUGCUUAUUUUCUUAGAAUGUAUUGUUUCCUAUUAUAUUUAUUUGUAUUUAAAACCACUAUUACAUUGAUAUUAAAUAAAAUAAUUUAAAUCUGA